CCUGAAACCGCUGCUGCCAGCAGAUGCGCCAUUUCCCCCUUCUCCCCCUCCCCCUCAUGAUGGUUGACCUCGCUGUGCCCGCUUCUGCUAUCGCUUUCCACCCACCACACACAGGGAUGCCGCGCAUUCACUCAUGGCCUUCCCUGGAGCAAGCACAGCCAUGCGUCAGGCGACAACGGACGGCAGAAGGCGUCCAGCAACAGGAGAGAUCUGACCACACGACAGUACGCGUGCCAGAAGCACGGAAGAGCUGGACUCAUUAUUCCGGAGGGCUGUUUGUGUUGUGUGUUUGUGUGAGCGAGUAGGGUGUUCAGGCGUCAGUGCAGGAGCCUCCGCGGACAGAGGGAGUGAGCAGGGAGCAGCUCGACAGUGUGGCAAACCUCCAGACAGAACUGGACGAAUCGGUGAGCGAGGCAUAUGUAUGUGCAUAUUGGUGCCAGGGAACACACGGGGAUUUAUGGCAGUUUGCGCGUGUGUCUGUCUAAGCAGCCAAUAGCUGCUCGGCGCAUUCACCCCGUGCCGCCCGACAAUGAGCUCUACAGAGUGGUCGAAAGGCAGCUGCAGAGACCACCACUGGGUAAGGGGGCGUGUAUGCGUGAGCGCGUGUCGAUAUUCCAUCGGCGUGAUGGUGUGUAUCGUGUGUCAGGUGAGUUUGAGGUGUGUCGUUACAGCAGUGGCGGGGUGCCCCAGGUGCUGCGGGUGAGCCCCAUCCUUCAGGCCAGCCCAUUCCCCACACUCUACUGGCUCACUGACCCCACACUCAUCGCGUCAGUGAGUCAUUCACCGAGUCACCACCCACACACAACGGCACAAGGACAGAGAGAUGCACACGUGUGUGUGCCCUGUGUGUGUGUGCAAUCAGUGAGAUAGGGCGCAUCGAGUCGUCUGGUUGGAUCAAGCGGCUUGAGAAGGACGUCAUCCCCAACAACAGAGAGCUGCAAACCAGGAUGAUACAAGACAACAUAAGAUACAUCAAGUACGCACACACAUGGACACAUAGAUGCCUCUCUCUCGUGUCUAUGGACUGUCUGUCUGUCUGUGUCUGCCUGUAGGGAGCGAUGGUCUUACCUGCCCCACACAGACAGCGCCCCUAGUGCAGCGAUUGCCCGCGUGUUGCGCCACCGCGGCAUCGGCGGAAUCAUCGACUUCACUCGCGUGCGGUGUCUGCACAUGCAGUACGCCUACCACCUAAUGAGCGACAACGGCACCGCCAUCGGACAGCUCAUCGACAGGGAGUUCCAUGUCGACAGGCUCGUGUGAUGGUUGAGUGGAUGGAUGGAUGGAUGGACGGUGGCUGAGUGAGUGCAUGACGCUGUGUUGUUUUGUACAUGUAGAUAAACAAGACAUGCACGUGUUCUGUGUCC